AGUCUUCCUCUACUUCUGCCCGGAGUUACUGUCCGGUGCUGCAGGCAGUAGCUACUUCCGCCAGAAGUCCCUAGCGGCUCGGGUUCGGAUGCUGCAUCCCGGCCGUCAGAGGCCGGUGGCAGCGGCUCCUACAGGGCCUGCCGCGAGGCCUCCCCUGCGGCCGAGCCCCGGCCAGUGGUGGGGAAGAGACAACGCCAGGGAGCGGGUCCAGGGUGGUGCGUACCCCGCAGGCCUUGCCGCAUACGCCCAACCGGGGCGGGGCUCGACCUCCCGGACCCGCCCAUUAGGGUAGCCUAAUUCGGGGAGGAUUAGCCGCAUCUCACAUGCGGGAGUCGUCAUCCCCCAGGCUGAGGCCACCCGGGGACCAUGGAGUUCGCGGAGCUGAUUAAGACCCCACGGGUGGACAAUGUGGUGUUGCACCGGCCUUUCUACCCCGCCGUGGAAGGGACCCUGUGUCUGACGGGCCACCACCUGAUCCUGUCCUCCCGGCAGGACAACACGGAGGAGCUCUGGCUCCUCCAUUCAAAUAUCGACGCCAUUGACAAACGGUUCGUGGGCUCUCUGGGUACCAUCAUCAUAAAAUGUAAAGAUUUCCGAAUUAUUCAGUUGGAUAUUCCUGGGAUGGAGGAAUGUUUAAAUAUAGCCAGUUCCAUUGAGGCAUUGUCCACUCUGGACUCGGUCACCCUGAUGUACCCCUUCUUCUACAGACCUAUGUUUGAGGUGAUUGAAGAUGGCUGGCAUUCCUUCCUUCCUGAACAAGAGUUUGAGCUCUAUUCCUCUGCUACCAGUGAAUGGAGACUGAGUUAUGUCAAUAAGGAAUUUGCUGUCUGUCCUUCCUACCCGCCAAUUGUCAUUGUGCCCAAGUCCGUCGAUGAUGAAGCUCUUCGGAAGGUGGCAGCCUUUCGACAUGGGGGGCGCUUCCCAGUACUGAGCUAUUACCAUAAAAAGAACGGCAUGGUGAUUAUGCGAAGCGGUCAGCCUCUGACUGGCACAAACGGGCGAAGGUGCAAGGAAGAUGAGAAGCUGAUAAAUGCCACCCUCAGGGCAGGAAAGCGUGGUUACAUCAUUGACACACGAUCACUAAAUGUGGCCCAGCAAGCUAGAGCCAAAGGAGGGGGCUUUGAACAGGAAGCCCACUAUCCCCAGUGGAGGCGGAUUCACAAGUCCAUUGAGAGGAGACUCCAUCUGUCCAGUGUCUCGUUUAGACUCCGCAUCCUCCUGACCAUGCAGGGCAUGAGACUGAAUCACUUUAUUCAUGGAAUGUUUGUUGAGUUUCCCUUCUUUGCUCUGGGUUUUCCUCUCAGGGAGGGAGCGUCGGUAUUGAUUCAUGGGACAGAAGGGACUGAUUCCACGCUGCAGGUGACUUCCCUGGCCCAGAUCAUCCUGGAACCAAGAAGCAGGACCAUCCGUGGCUUUGAGGCCCUGAUAGAGAGAGAGUGGCUGCAGGCCGGUCACCCGUUCCAACAGCGCUGUGCACAGUCAGCUUAUUGCAACAGCAAGCAGAAGUGGGAGGCACCUGUGUUUCUUCUCUUCUUGGACUGUGUGUGGCAGAUCCUCCGGCAGUUCCCUUGCUCCUUUGAGUUUAACGAGCAUUUUCUCAUCAUGCUCUUUGAGCAUGCUUAUGCCUCACAGUUCGGAACGUUCCUGGGCAAUAAUGAAAGUGAAAGAUGUAAGUUGAAGCUACAGCAGAAAACAAUGUCUUUGUGGUCGUGGGUCAAUCGGCCCAGCGAGCUUAGUAAAUUCACCAAUCCACUCUUUGAAGCCAACAACCUAGUCAUCUGGCCUUCUGUAGCUCCACAGAGUCUCCAUCUGUGGGAAGGAAUUUUCCUACGUUGGAGCAGAUCCUCCAAGUAUCUGGAUGAAGCAUAUGAAGAAAUGGUUAACAUCAUUGAAUAUAACAAGGAGUUACAAGCCAAGGUCAAUAUCCUGAGGAGGCAGUUGGCUGAAUUGGAAACAGAUGAUGGUCUACGAGAGAGUCCUUGAAGGAUGUCCCCAUCUGUCCUGAGGACCUAUCUAGGCCUGAGUCCGUCUCUCCCUCCGUUUGCCCUUCAGUUUACUGUACACAGUAACCUUGAACUUGGCUGUAGAUGUGGGAUCCUGUAAUGUUACGGCUUUCUCAACACUGCAAGAUGGAGGUCUCCUAACACACACCAAUGUGGCCUGGUAGGCCUUUGCCAUGGGAGCAGGAGAUGCUGUCACAUCACUAACUGUAUGACACCUGUGCCCUAUGCUGUCCUCUAUCACCGCGUUCUGAACAGUGGUCCAGUCUAGUUAACAGUCCAUCGAAAAUGUGAGCCAGGCUUAUACGCAUUCAAAUAUAGAAGUGUUUUUUAAAACAGAAAUGGUUGAGAAGCCAGAAUUUUGUGUUUAACAUGUCCUCCUGCCCCUACUCCCCACCCCAGCUGUAAAACGACCAUUCUCCUUUAAAAACAGUUUUGGACUAACGAAGCCUAUUUUGUCAAGAAGGAAAAAUUCAGAAUAGUUAUUUGCGAUAAAUCUUUCUAUAAGGGCAACAGGUGUGGUCCUCUGAUAAUUUCAUUAAGAAAGGGUAAAUUUACAGGUAGACACUAACAGUCUUGCCAUAGAGAACUGAAGUAGGAAUUCCUUUCCUCGCUGGUAGCCAUCUGCUACUGUUGCAUUGGCCUUUCAGGUUUCUGACCAUACAUACAAAAUGUGCUUUGAAUGAUGGGUGUGAAUGAGACUGUAGCUUGAAUAGAACUCACUUUUUAGAACUAUACAACACGUACAGAAUCUGUAAGUCAGAGGUCUGAGUUCUUACUGCGCUGGUCGGUAUCUGUGUGACUCAUUUUACUUUUAAGUAUUCUGAGUCGACCUGUGGCACAGCUAGACUUUCAAGUCAGCUUGAGCCACUUGUAAAUCUGUCUGCCGACUUGCUCUGUCUAUUAGGCAGAUAGGAUUGCACUGGGCUGGGGAGCUGGGAAAGUGGCACAGCUGUCUGACGCCUUGCUGUAUCAGAAGCAGUGGUGCAGCAACUGACUGCCUUCAGCUCAGGGUGUGGCUGGAGGCAGCACCUCUCUAAUCCCAGCACUUGGAAGGCGGAGGCAGGAGGACUUUAAGUUUGAGGCCAGCUGAGCUGUAUUGUGGGUUCCUGGCUAGCCUGCCCUACGGGGUGAGAAUGUUUAAGAGAUUCUAACAGGAUCUGUGGCCGCUGCUUUCCGUCUCCAGUUGUCCUGCCUCCUCUCCCUUUCUCCUUCCUUCCACCUGUGGCAGGUCAGGAACCAACUCAGCAGCCCCGGUUCUGCUGGUGGCUUUGUCCACUGCCACCUCUGAGUUCAGCUCUGUUCUUUACCUGCUCUUUGUCUCACUGAUGCGCAGAGCACAAGCGAGGCUCCUUGCUCUAGGCCUGUUUUAUGCCAACUGUCCUUCUUAGUUUUGAAGAAAUUGCCUGAUUUCUUGGGGCUGUUCAGUCACCAGCCCUGUCUGUCACUCUGCCACCACCCUACAUGUCCUGUUUUUGGCUCAGCUACAUGUGAAGGAGUCCUCUACUUCUCAGCUGAUGGACCCAUGAAGGAAAGCAUCUGGAGGGUUGUUCCUCUGUGAUUUCUUGAAGUGAUUGUGGACCAGGCGUCUGUGCACAGAAACUUGGGGAUUUUAUUUUGCUUAGCUAAGGAGAGGUCUGCUGCCUCCCAUCCUCCCCCGUGUGCCUGUCUCCCUGAUGAACUUGAUGUGCAUCCAGAGUCAUAACAAUGGUAUCCAGUACCUUUGCCUGUUUCCUUUUCCCAUGAAAUAGCACUCACCACUGUUUUUGACAAGCUUGCAUUUUAGUGUGGAUUUAUAAAUAGAGAUUAUCAUUUAUCAUAUCAUAUCAGCUUUGAAAGCAAAUCUUGGUAUCAGUCCACUUUCCAAGGAUUAUUUAAUAAUGCAGUUGCUACAGUUUCCCUAACCUCGAGAGCUCGCUCAAACACAGGUGUGUUAUCACCGUGAGUUGAGGGUUUUGAGGAGUCACGCCAUCCACACCCUUCCCUUGGGUGCAGUGAAUAAAUACAGCAGCUACACUCGGGAAACUGGUUCCGUGUUUUGCUGAGUUGCUUGAAUGAUCAUGGCCCCAAAACCUCCAGUGAAGAGGAUGGAGGCACAGUUCACAAGCAAGUGUGGCUGCGUAGGGUCCAGUAAUAAUCAAGUGAGACCUCAGGCUCCCCUGCACCCAUGGUCUCUGCUUACAUCUGUGCGGGGAUUUCACAGUGUAGGCCACAGACUGAAAGUGUCAGAGGUCAUUACCCUCCUUUCUAAGCAAUGCAAGGAUGCUUUGGUUUAAAUCAGUAAUUUUUUGAAAAUCAGAAAACCAGAGUUACUUGAUCAUCUAAGAAACCUGAAACAACAUUGUUGGCAAGACUUUACAGUGAUGUCAAUAAUUUUUUAUUAUUUAUUGUGAAGAGAAAAGGAAAAAUAAUGAAAUCCAAUAGAUUUAGCAUACAUGUUUUAAGGAAAAAUUAGACUUUCUAAAGGCAAAAACUUAGAGUGAUCUUUUCAACCAGUCUGAGAAGAUGGUAGCAGACAGUUUUUGAAAACUCCAUAGCCAGGGUCUGAAAACUUUGAUGUUGAGGCCUGACAUAGAGUUGGGUCUUACUGCUGCGUUUCAUUUUGAAAAAUGAGCUGUAGUGGGAUUUUAGCCUUUGUUUUGGUCAGGAUUUGGGUUUGUGCUAAAUCUUAUCACAGGAAAGAUUUGACCAGAAUCUAAUCUCCCAAUGUGAAAACUGGAGUAGAGCCUUUUUCCCCAUCUCAGCUCUAGACACCCGGGCCCCAGGAGGUGUCUGGUUUGGGGGGUGGAGCUCUUGUCACUGAUAGGCUUGCUUACCAGAUGUCCGUCUGAAGCUGAGGCUCUAAGGCCUGUCCGCUCAUGCUAGUGACAGUUGCAUGAGGGUGUGGACAUUUAGCCUUAGAAAAGUUAUUCCUGAGCAGGAAAUGGAUGGGAACCAAUUCCCACCCCACCUGUUCCUGGAAACCUUGGUCUUUAUGGACAGAUGAUGUCACUGGACACGUCUGGUACGGAUUAUAGCAUUAGGUCCUCAUUGUGUCUCAAGAUGGCUUCUUUGCGAUGUCAACACAAAGAAAGCGCUCCUUCAGAGCUGGGAUUUGGAAGUCACUACCAGAGAGUGUUUCUGUGUUCUUCACCGUCUUAACAGGAAACACGAGGAGACUGAUUUCUCCUUUUGUACUUAUUGGCAGAUGAUACGAUGAGCAAAAUUGCCUUUCUACUGUAAGUUUGCACAUUUCUAGUUCUUCUAAUAAAUUUGGCUCUGCUUUCACUCCGCCUCAUAACCUACUGCCCACAAGAGUUUCUUCCUUUGACCCACCAUCCCGGAGGAAACUUGAGAUUGUCGAACUCGGCUGUAGACUUCUGAACUUGUCUGGACAGUCCUGCAGAGGCGCCAAUUGUGCUUGUGGUGAGCAGUCAGGAAGCUCACAGUAGGCACCGCACUGUCCUCAUGGAGCCAAUGUUCAGAGCCUUUCUCUAGCCGCCUGCAAGUCCCUGCAUUGACUGUGAUCUGUAGUAAGAUGACAUCGUGCAGCACCGCCUGCAUUGGUUGGGCAGAGAUAUUGGCUUCACUUUUAAAUUGCACAUCUUGGGAAAGGUGGGGUAUUCCCACACGUGUAUCUAGAACCCUGUUGCUUAGUCCUUAGAGGUUUGCUAGGUUUACACUAGAAAUAAUUGUACUUGCACACGUAGCUUAAAUUUAGAAAAAGACUGUAUUUCCGCUGUAGCUAAGCAUUAGGCCUGUAUUCUGUGUACUGAAUGUGACUCUGUACUGAGACACACUGUCAUUCCUGUCUUACACAAUAAACUUACACUGUAUGGCAAUCGUGUUUACAAUGUACGCUUUCCUGAAACUUGAAACUGCUGUGUGGAACAGUUUCUUAUUGUACGUUUGUCUGCGCACCUGAGUGUGCAACACACAUAGACUCUUCGGGAAAAUUCCGAGUGUUUGUAAGUCUACACAACAUUUUACUGCCUGUACUGUUCACCUAGCAGUGAGUUGAUUUACGUCAAGUAGCUGGAGCCAGUCCCCGAAUUGGUUUGUCACUGGUAUAGCACAUCGAGAAGCAGUCUGUUGAGUAUGGCACUGGUCGGUAAAUGAUAUUUUUGUGUCCGGUUCCUGCCUCAGAGGACUGUUACAUAGAUGCUGGUGUAAAUCUCUAGACAGUAGUAAUAAAAUUUGAGUAUAUUCAA